AUGAGAAGAAGACUUUUCGAAAUAAAUGGUAAGAAGGUAGGUUACUAUCAAAAUGAACGAGAUGUAUUUAACGAAGAAGAUGAAGAAGGGUUAGAAGAAGAUGAAGUUAUCAAACCUUUAACAAAUGGCGUGGAAAAUCCCGAAUACUUCGAUACGCCUCGACAAAACGGGUUAAGUGGCAGUGUAUAUAAACCCAAUCCAAAACCUAGAAAAAUUGACUAUUAUAACGACUUAAACCAAGUUUCACCGGUGGAAAAAAAACAAUUGAUCUUACGAGUGAACAGUAAUGAAGGCGGCCAUGAAACUAGUAUAUAG